AUGGAGGUCCCAGGAAGCACAGCAGCUCGUUUCGUGGUGCAAAACGUGUUUGUGCCCCGCGCCCUCUUGCAAGAGGAGUGGCAGGAGCGGGGCAACACCGAGUGCGUGCGUCGCGACGUCCACUUUGACGGCGACGCCGGGCUGAUCGUGGCCGUGCACGAGCCCAACGACGCCGGCCCGGCCGACCCUGCCAUCACCGUCAUCGACGGCACCAACAAGCUCCUGCUUCCCGGGUUCCUGAAUGGGCACACGCAUUCGGGCGAGAUGUACAACCGCGGGGCGAUCCCGCCGCUGCCCCUGGAGCUCUGGCUGGGCUACCUCUGGGACCAUAGCCCGCAGGACCCCGCGCUCUACUACCUCUCCGCCCUCCUCAACGUUGCGGUGGAGGGACUGAAGACGGGCGUGACGUGCGUGCUGGACAUGCCCUCGGUCAUGGGCAGCCCCGGCCAGGAGUUCGAGUGCCUCGAGGCCGUCUGUCGGGCGUACAGGGAGGUGGGGAUCCGCGCGUUCGUGUGUCCUCUCGUGGGCGACCUGCCCUUCGACGCGGCCGUGGCGUACGGGUGCGGCCACGGGCGCAGCCCCUACGCCGGAACGGACAAGCACGACCCGCGCAAGACCGACUGGAUCAUGGCCUUCAUGCAGAACGCCGUCGAGAAGCUGCAUCGGCCGGAGGAGGGAAUAGAGAUUGGGGUGGGUCCGACCGGCAUGCAGAUGUGCAGCGACGAACUGUUCACCCGGUGCCGGGAGCUGAGCGAGAAACACGGGCUCGUGCGGCACACGCACCUCCUCGAGACCGUCAACCAGAAGAAGUUGGCGGUGGAGAAAUACGGAUGUAGUGCGGUGGAGCAUUUGGCGAAGCUGGGGUUCUUCAACGAGAAGACCACCUGCGCCCACUCCGUCUGGCUCGACAGUAAUGACAUCGAGGUGCUGAAGACGACCGGCGCGACGCCCGUCCACAACCCGCUCUCCAACCUCCGCUUGGGCAGUGGGAUCGCGCCGGUGCUGAAGUACCUCGACGCCAAGAUCAACGUAUGCUUCGGAUGCGAUGGUGCCUCCUCCAACGACUCCCAGGACAUGCUCGAGGCGAUCAAGAUGGGUGCGAUCCUGCACAACAUCACCGACUUUGACUACACCCGCUGGAUCACCCCCGACCAGGUCUUCCCACUCUCUCCCAUAGAGGGCGAUGUGGUUCAGGAAUUGAAAGAAUGUGGUGGGCCGGCGGUGGGCACAUUUCAGGCAUUCCGCAUGGCGGCGAUGGGCGGGGCGCGGGCGGUCGGGCUGCAGGACAAGACGGGCCUCGUCGAGGUGGGCCGGUCGGCCGAUCUGGUGCUCUUCGACCUCGCCAACUCGCUCUCCAUCCUGCCCCGCACCGACAUCCUCGGGUUGCUGUUGCUGGGCCGGCCCAACAAUCUGGUGACGGAUGUGUGGGUGCGCGGUCGCCGCGUCGUCAGCAACGGCAAAGUGGCGGGCGUCGAUGAGGAGAAGCUGAAGAGGGACCUGUUUGCGUCCUCGGAUUGGAACACCAUGCCGCGCACGUCGGCCACGCGCACGUCGGUCGAGCAGCGGUACCGCCAGGUCAUGGUCGACACCAAAGACAGCGACGCCAAGCAGUGA